GGAACUCGGAGGCCGAGGCGCGCCGGUCGCCUCUGCCCGCGCUCGGGUGGGGCUGGGGUCGCGGCGGCGCGUGCGCAGUGGGGCCGCGAUGGAGGGCGCUCGGGCAGGCCGCCAGGUAAUAAAGGAAGGAGAUCCAAACCUUGCCUCUGAGUUACAGGAAGAGACAGAGGAAAAUCCUAGGCCAGCUGUGGAUGAGAAUAACAUAGUGUCAGCUAAAAAACAGGGACCGCAUUUACAGAACUGGAGUGGUGACUGGAGCUUUCGGAUUUCAAGUUCCACCUAUAAAGACAAGAAUGAAGAAUACAAAAGACAGUUCACACAUCUGCCUGAUACAGAGAAGCUGAUAGCAGAUUAUGCCUGUGCUCUACAGAGGGACAUUUUGGUUCAGGGACGACUAUACCUUUCAGAAAAUUGGCUGUGUUUCUAUAGCAACAUCUUCAGAUGGGAAACUACAAUUUCUAUUGCUUUAAAGGAUAUAACCUUUAUGACUAAGGAGAAGACUGCUCGGCUCAUCCCAAAUGCCAUCCAGAUUGUUACAGAUGGGGAAAAGUUUUUCUUUACAUCUUUUGGUGCCAGGGAUAGAAGUUACCUCAGUAUAUUUAGGUUGUGGCAGAACGUAUUAUUGGAUAAGAGUCUGACCAGACAGGAAUUCUGGCACCUGCUCCAGCAGAACUAUGGCACUGAGCUAGGUUUAAAUGCAGAGGAGAUGGCUAACUUGUCACCGUCAUUUGAAGAUAAUGCACAGCCAAGAAGUCCAGGAAGAAGCAGUGUGGAUGACUCUGGGGAAGGAGAUGAAAAAUCAUCCAAGUCCAUCAGUUCUACACGUGAAUCAAUCAGUCGAGUUUCGGAAACAGAAUCGUUGGAUGGAAAUUCAUCAAAAGGAGGACUAGGUAAGGAAGCACCCCACAGGGAGAAGCAGAUCAGAAAGAGCCCUUUAUUAACUUCAGAAAAGAGACUGAGUAGAGGGCCGUCAAGAUCCCUGGACCUGAAUAAAAAUGAGUAUCUUUCUCUGGACAAAAGCAGCACUUCGGAUUCAGUUGAUGAAGAAAAUAUUCCUGAGAAGGAUCUUCAGGGAAGACUUUAUAUCAACCGUGUUUUUCAUAUCAGCGCUGAGAAAAUGUUUGAACUGCUCUUCACUAGUUCACGCUUUAUGCAGAGAUUUACCAGUUCUAGAAAUAUAAUAGAUGUAGUAUCUACUCCUUGGACUAUAGAAGCUGGAGGUGAUCAACUGAGAACCAUGACCUACACUAUAGUCCUUAAUAAUCCCCUUACUGGAAAAUGUACUGCUGCUACCGAAAAGCAGACACUGUAUAAAGAAAGUCGGGAAGCACAAUUUUAUUUAGUAGAUUCAGAAGUUCUGACCCAUGAUGUCCCUUAUCAUGACUACUUCUAUACCCUGAACAGAUACUGUAUCAUUCGAUCUUCAAAACAGAAAUGCAGGCUAAGAGUGUCCACAGAUUUAAAAUACAAAAAACAACCAUGGGGCCUGAUCAAAUCUUUAAUUGAGAAGAAUUCUUGGAGUUCACUGGAGCACUAUUUCAGACAGCUUGAAUCAGAGUUGUUAAUAGAAGAAUCUGUAUUAAAUCAGUCCAUUGAAGAUGCUGGAAAACUUAGUGGCUUACGAAGGAGAAGGCGAGCAUUCAACCGAACGGCCGAAACGGUUCCGAAGCUGACGUCCCAGCGUUCCUCUAGAGAUACAAGCUUAGAGACCAAAGGAGAUACUCCAGGAAAGAAAAAGGACAUGGAAAGCUUUAACAUUGCUCUCAUUGUGAUAAUGAGUGUUUUUUUGAUGUUGCUAGUUGUGUUGAAUGUGACACUGUUUCUGAAGCUCUCAAAGAUUGAAUAUGCUGCUCAGUCCUUUUAUCGUCUCCACCUCCAAGAAGAGAAAUCGUUAAAUUUAGCCUCCCAUAUGGUCUCAGGAGCAGAAACUAGUCAGAAGGACAAAGAUCAGGCCCAUCGUCUAAAAGGAGUGCUCCGAGAGUCUAUAGUGAUGCUCGAACAGCUGAAGAGCUCACUUGUUAUGCUUCAGAAAACCUUUGAUCUACUAAAUAAGAAUAAGACCACCAUGGUUGUUGGAAGCUUUUGAUUUUAUGGACUAAAGCUACAUCUGGAAGACAACCCGAAGAUGAAGGAUUUUAAUUGUUGUAGGAAUAUCUCAUUUUCUUACUGAAAUUUUUAAUAUGAACAUUCUUACUAAUAACAUUUAUUUGAUAAUUAUUCUCUGAUGGCCUUCAGACUUGGUUUUCACUUCCUAUAUAUAUUUUCAGGCUAUGCGUUUCUCUUGCGACUGUGAAACAUAUUCUGGAAUUGGAAUUCUGUUAUACAAAAAGAAAGCAAGACACACUGAAUUGAGUGGUACAGAUUCUUUUCUACAGGCAUUUGAAGUUUGAUCCUUUUAAUUUGUGUGUUAGCAGACUCAGUAUGUGUCCAGCAAACUGCUUUCACAGUUGUGUUUAUGAGACUACAGCACGUGUAAAAAGAAAAGUGCUGUCACUACUAAUUUGAAGAGUUUUUAGGCAUAUCCAACAUUUCUAAGUUUUAUCCUGUAAAUGUUACAACGUCUUCAUUAUUUCCUAUGUAAAUUCAAUAGUCAUAUGUUUUGAAUAUGCGUGUUAUUAUGUGAAAAGUUCCUUCGUCAUAUUGUAUCUUGAUGAAAAAGUUAAUUUUUUAUUCAAAUAUCAGAGGCGAGAUCAUCUUGCUUAUUUAUAUACAUCAUUUGGCAGAAGAGUCCAUUUAGGAAAAGGAAACAUGAAGGAUUCCAAGUCUCAAAAUGGAGAAUCAUCAUCUGAGUUUUAAAAACCAGAAGGUCAGGUUAAAAUCUGGACAUUUAGUAACAGAUCAAAUGCCUGCUUGAACUAAGCGUGUAUUCAGCUCAGCAGUCUUUCAUGGUGGGAGCGACCCAUCUGGUUGAAAAUAAUUUCAUGUUAGUUUUUAGUAGCCACGUAUGGUGGCUUCAUGCUUUAUGUAUGUGUGGCUUUUUUUAGCUGGUAAAUUAUAAGUCAGACACAAACUUUAGCUCUUUGACCGAUGUGUGUCCCAAUACAAAUGCACUGACUGAAGUGAGACACAAAUUGGGGCUCUUUCAUGAAAAGUUCUUAGGCAUUUAUGUCUCAUGAAAGUGGUUCAUGAAAAUUAGGACUUUAAGAACUGACCUGAAAUUCGAUUUUCUUUUAGGAGUUAGGAAAACUUCAGGAAGAGUUUACUAUUUUGUCCUUUUGAGGUCUUUCUCUGGAAUCUAUAAAUCUACAUAUGGUCUAUAUAUUGUUACUAUUUGACUAUUACCUAUAAAUAUUUUCUUUUACCAGAUCACCAAAGCCACAUGGCUUUGCUACAAAAGUCAUUUUUGAGAUGCCUGUAGAGAAUGAAAGUAUUGACCUAAUUAGAGGGAAAAUUGGUUUUCCUUGUUGAAUCCCAACCAACCCUGGGGGUACCAGUCUACCAGUGGUUUUCUGGGUAAUAAUUUAUGAGUGACUGUAAGCAAGAGCGACUGAAUUAUAAACUUGAAACUUUCUCUGUUAAAUUUACAAAAAUCAUUGACAAACUGAAUAUUUUUAUGGUUUCUUUAAAACAUGUACUUAUACCUCCAGGACUACCAAAGUUGUUUUAUAAAUUAAGAUUAUGUAUGGAGACGUCAAUUAAUAAAAUUUGAACUUAUGUGUAAAUUGGAUGCCAAUAAAACACAAAAUGAGUUGUAAUUUCUUCUUCUGGUUAAGAUAAAAUAAACUAGACCAUGUACAUGGGUCUGCACUCUUUAAAAUUUGUACAAAAAUAAAACCCAAAAAAGACUCA